AUGCAGGUACCUAAUCGACUCAACUAUGUCCUCUUCAUUCAGCGUUUGAUAGACACCACUGCUCCAGACUAUCGCCAUGGAGGUGACUCGGAUCGUCGAGUGAUUGGGAUUGACAUUGGCACAGGAUCGUCUUGCAUCUAUCCUCUUCUCAGCUGCCGACAGCGUGCAAAUUGGCUUUUUCUAGCAACAGAAAUUGACGACAAGAAUCGAUCAUUUGCGCUGAAUAAUAUUUCUGCAAAUGAUUUACAGUCGCGAAUCAGAUUGAUUGACACAGAUCAAGAAGGAAAAACUCUCAUUCCUUCCAGCGAGCUCGAACGUUUUGACAGAAUCGAUUUCCUUAUGACUAACCCUCCGUUCUAUGAAUCGGCCGCAUCAAUGGCACUGUCUGCAAAGCAAAAGUCUCGACCACCGAAUUCGAGUUGUACAGGUGCUCCAGUCGAGAUGAUCACACCUGGUGGAGAAGUCGCCUUUGUUUCUCGACUAGUACAUGAGUCUACAGCCCCGAACAUGAAAUCUCGAAUACAAUGGUUCAGCAGCAUGCUGGGCAAACUCUCAAGCAUAGCCUCCAUCGUUGAGAAACUAAAGGAGCAAGGGUGCACAAAUUACGCUGUAUCGGAAUUCAUCCAGGGGCAGAAAACGAGACGAUGGUGUGUGGCUUGGAGUUGGAUGAACCUUCGACCCAGCCUGGCGGUUGCCAGAGGUAUUAGUGGUGUCAGUGGUGUUGAGAAGAAAUUCCUGCCGGUCUCGACGGAAUUCGACCUCGAGCUCCAGGGCGAUGCAGACGAGAUUGCCGCGAAGAUAAAUGAAGAAGUGGGGAACUUAGACCUGAGAUGGAGAUUCCAGCAAUCACAACGUGUCGGUAUGCUGUUGAGUCAGGCUGGGGAUGUCUGGAGUCGGAAGGCGAGGAGGAAGAAACAAAUCCAGCACGUGAAGCAACAUAAGAACGAGGAUGAGGACCUGGAGAUGAAGGACCAUGAUGACGACGAAGACGACGAAGACGAUGAAGAGGAGCCAGGUCUAGUCGCGAAAAUCUCGGUGUUUAAAAACGCUCGAAAGGACGUGAACGAGAUAAAGAUCCAGAUCCGGUGGCUCCAAGGACGAGAAGCAGUUGCCUUUGAGAGCUUUUGUGGCUGGUUGAAGCGGAAGCUAGAGGUGCGCGGUUGA